GGGGUGGGGGUGUGAUGGGGUCAAUACAAACUGCGCAUACCAAAUCAGGAGGAGGGAAGAAGGAACAGCAGUACUGGGGGAGUGUGUAUGUCCCUUAAUACCCCUUCCAGGACACCGUAGUUUUGGGAAUGAGCAAUAUAAUGGCAACAUGAAUAGUAUUAAAUUGAGGUGGACUUUUUGGUUGCAGUUUGCGGCUGGUAAGGCAGUAGUAUUGUUGUGAGCGUGUGUGUGUGUGUGUUUGGAGGGGGGUUAAAGAUCCAGUCCCCGCAUUGUUAAGGUCCCUCCUCCUUCUUUGGGAAAUGGGAGGACUGGGAAGGCGUCGCAAAAAAGAGCAGGAGGGAGGAGAGCUGGGGAAAGAAUUGUUUGAGAGCUCACUCAUCCAAAAACCUCCUUUCAGUGUGAGAACCUUUUUCGGGGGAGCACGCAGAGAAAAUGUCGCCGAAGUAAAUUAGUAAAACAACAACAACACGCGAAGAAUAACGGGAAGAAAGCGACUUUGCUUCUUUUUCUUGUUGCAGAGGAGGACUACUGGUAAAAGAGAAAAAAAUAGUCCAGCUGAAAGAUCGCUUUGCUGAGGGAAAACGAGGUGCAAGCGCUAAAUCGAGCAGUUUCGCGUUGGUAGUGGCCUCGCAGUCAGAAAGAUUUGGGAGUUUGUGAAUGUUCUAAGACUCUUGCUUGAACGUGACUCUGGAUAUUGGUCCGGUCUUGCUCUCAGGUCACGAGGGGUGUUGCAUGGAAGAUGUCUGGAAAACGUGACUGGACUCCAUGGAUGAGAAAAAGAAGCACCCCCGUGUUGUGCGCUCUGGGCGCAGUCCUGCUAUGUUGCCUUCAGAGCAGUGCGUCCGUCUCUGACGAAGUCCCGGAGUUCACCGAGGAGCCCGGCUCGGUGGUGCAGAAGUUGGGAGGCAGCGUGAGCCUGCGCUGCGCCGCCCGUCCCACCUCCGCCUCCAUCAGCUGGCGCCUGAACGGCCGGCAACUCAUGGACGGAGACCUCGGGGUGGCGCUGGGGCCCGCGGGCUUGUUCAUCAGCACGCUGACCAACGUGACGUUAGGCCGUUACCAGUGUGUGGCCACCACCGGGGUUGGGGCCCUGGCCAGUGUGCCCGCUGACGUCACCGCAGCCAAGCUGCGUGACUUUGAGCCCGACGACCAGCAGGAGAUCGAGGUGGACGAAGGCAACACGGCCGUAAUCGAGUGUCAUCUCCCAGAGAGCCAGCCGAAGGCGCAGGUCCGCUACAGUGUCAAGCAGGAAUGGCUGGAGACAUCCAAAGGGAACUACCUCAUUAUGCCAUCAGGGAACCUGCAGAUUGCCAACGCCACGCGGGAGGACGAGGGCCCGUACAAGUGCGCCGCUUACAACCCCGUCACCCAGGAGGUCAAGACGUCGUCCUCGGCCGACCGCCUGCGCAUACGCCGCUCCACGUCUGAAGCGGCCCGCAUCAUCUAUCCGCCGGCGUCCCGCUCCAUCAUGGUGACCAGGGGCCAGCGACUGGUGCUUGAGUGCGUGGCCAGCGGCAUCCCGACGCCGCACGUCACCUGGGCCAAGGACGGCGAGGACCUGCGCGUCCACAAUAACACCCGCUUCCUGCUCAGUAACCUGCUGAUCGACGCCGCCGCCGAGGGCGACUCGGGAACGUAUGCCUGCCGGGCAGACAACGGCAUCGGCGCCACUGUCGCCGCCACCGUGCUCUACGACGUGCAAGUGUUUGAGCCUCCCCAGGUGGCUGUCGAGCUGCUGCAGCAGGAAGCGGCGUUCGGCGAGACGGUGCGCUUUACCUGCCAGGCCCGCGGCAAGCCCGCGCCUGCCGUCACGUGGCUGCACAACGCCGUCCCCCUUUCGCCCUCGCCGCGUCACCGCCUUACGCCGCGGAUGCUUCGGGUCUCCAACGUGGGCCCGCAGGACGAGGGCUUGUACCAGUGCAUGGCGGAAAACGGCGUGGGCAGCUCGCAGGCGUCCGCUCGACUCCUCACCAUAUCCGCCGAGAUUCUGCCCAGGCCUAAGUUGCCCUCCAUGUAUCGCCCACUCAGCCCGGAUAAAGUUUUGAAGGAGCAGCCGCCCGUGAGGCCAGGCGCGGCGGGGGCCACGUUGCCUCUGGACUGCACGUUAAUCCCGGGUCAGAUUUUCCCCGCCGAGGCGCCCAUCAUCCUCAGCCAGCCUCGCACGGGCAAAGCCGACUACUACGAGCUCACGUGGAGGCCGCGGCACGAGCGGGGAGCCCCCGUGCUGGAGUACAUGAUCAAGUAUAGGAAGGUGGGCGACCCAUCGGCCGAGUGGACGUCCAGUAGCAUCUCGGGCUCUUUGCACAAGCUGACGCUGGCCAAGCUGCAACCGGACAGCCUGUAUGAGGUGGAGAUGGCCGCCAAGAAUUGCGCCGGCUUGAGCCAGCCAGCCAUGAUGACCUUCAGGACGGGGAAAGGUCGGAAAGGAUUGGGAGGUCAUAACGAUCUGCCGAAAACUCCCGCGGUUCCGUCGCCAAGGCUUUCUCAUCCCGAGGCGCCGGACAAGCCGACAGUUUCCAUGGCGACGGAGACGUCGGCGUACGUGACGUGGAUGCCGCGCGGCAACCGCGGCUUCCCCAUCCAGUCCUUCUGCGUCGAGUACAAGAAGGUGAAGAAGGCGGGCGAGGAUUGGGUGACGGCGGUGGAAAACAUUCCGCCCUCCCGACUCUCCGUGGAGAUCACCGACCUGGAGAAAGGAACGUCUUAUAAGUUCCGUGUGGUGGCCGUCAACGUGAUCGGAUCCAGCCCACCCAGCGCCCCCUCAAAGGCCUACACGGUGGUGGGCGGGCGGACCCACGAACGCCCCGUGGACGGACCCUACAUCACCUACAACGAAGCCAUCAAUGAGACCACCGUCAUUCUUAAAUGGACGUACACUCCUGUGAACAACACGCCCAUCUAUGGCUUCUACAUCUACUACCGGCCCACGGACAGCGACAACGACAGUGACUACAAGAAGGAUGUGGUGGAGGGCGACCGCUACUGGCACUCCAUCGGCGACCUACAGCCCGAGACGGCGUACGACAUCAAAAUGCAGAGCUUCAACGAGAAGGGCGAAAGCGAUUUCGGCAACGUUGUCAUUCUGGAGACCAAGGCCCGCCCCCACAACCAUAGGCCCGCCCCUUCCGAGGGCCCCGACCGGGAGACGGGCCGCUCGGGCGGCCUGGUGCAGCGACCCGGCGAUUUGCCCUACCUCAUCGUCUGCGUGGUGCUGGGCGCUUUCGUGUUCAUUAUCGUCGCCUUCAUCCCGUUCUGCCUGUGGAGGGCCUGGGCCAAGCAGAAACAAACGUCGGACUUGUGCUUUCCAACCGUGGCCGCCCCGGUGUCGCCGUCGUCGUGCCAGUACACCAUGGUGCCUCUGCAGGGUCUGGCCCUUUUGGGGCGUUGCCCUAACGACGGCCAUCUGGCCGUCCCGCCUGCGUUUUACUCUCCCAACGGCAAAGCUCAGCACCAUCAUGAGCACCUGACCCACGGCCUACCGGGGCUCCACCAGGAGGAGGUGGACAUCGACCUGGAGUGCGACACGCUGUUACCGCAGGGACUCGCCAACGGGUACCAUUUCUGCGGCAGAGACCCCGAGCGUCAUGAACAGACAUUCGGGUUGGCCGAGGAAUCCGCGCCACAGGUCCUGGGGUCUUCCUGUCACCCGGAUGGCAAGCGGGAGUCCACGUGGGAUGAGGACGAGGCAGGAGAGGGGCUUUGUCAAAAAGUGGCAUCUUUCCCAGCCAUCGUAUCUCUGGAAGACGAAGGAAUUUUCACCUCAUCAUCAUCGUCGUCAACCACGCCGCCACCGCUGCAAUCUCAAGACGCUUUACAGGAAGCCGACGUCCUGCCCAGUGAAGCGGCAUAUGCUUAAAAAAAAAAACCCAAAACUGUUUAAAGAGAAAUCUAUUUAUUUUUGUACCACAGAUAUUUAUGUAUUUAUGCCUUUGUACAUACUGUAUGUUUAACUGUAUAUAAGGUUACUUUCAUAUCGAAGGAGGCUCUAUUUACAAGUCCCGCCCUUUUGUCACGUGAGCUAUUAAAUCAUGCAAAUUGUAUUCAGAAUUCUCAAUUGUUUAGCAAUAUUGAUUAUCAAUACACAUUUUUUGAAAAUACUAUUUGUUUUUCUUUUUUAAAGGCAAUUUUUAAUCGCAAUUCUGAAGAUUUUUCUUUUAUUCAAAAUUGAAACUUUUUAAGGGGACACAAUUAUGUACUCAAAAUAAAAUUACAAUUGUGUAGAAAUCUCCACCAAACAUACUAUUUAUUUGAGUAAAAACUAGAAUGUUCUAAUUCGAGGAAAAACAAUUCCAAGUUCAAUUUGUUUAACUUCUAAUUAUGAAUUCAUUUUGAAAAUAUUGGAAAUUGUUUUCAUUUCCCCGUCGCCCCCCACCUUGCUGAAAUGUAAUCGUGAAGGCAACUUUUAGAAAAUAAGUUGUAAAGGGUUUUUGGGGGCAGGGGGAUUUCAAUUUAAUUGUACAUUUUGUUCAAGAUUCUAAAAAAAACGAUUUUUAAAAUUCAAUUCAAAAUUUGUUUCUAUUCAUUAAGGCCAUAUCUCGUUCUUUGAAAUUGAGUUUUUAAAAAAAAUAAUAAAAAUCUAUUGACAUUUCUUUCCCCCGCCCCCAUUUUUUUUUUAAUUUUGAUGAACUUCAGGGGUAAAACAAGAAAAAAAAAACUUUCUUUGAACCAGCACUUAUCGCGUGGCUCAUUCCUCCCCUUCUUUAUGGAUCCCUCAAUAACGCUUUUCAUUGAUUAUGUAUAGCAAUAACCGCAUCAUUAACAAGCUAUUUGUGAGCGUUUGCCACAUUGUGAAAAAAGAUGAUAUAUUGUUAUUUAUUUUCUCAAGUCACUGAACGGCGUUGUGGACAUUCUAUCAGUCACGAUAAGCUGAAUCCAUGUCUGCUUUGUUACCAAAAUAGCCGCCUGUGGCAGCUGUCAGUAUUUCUCACGUCACUGUUUUUUUUUUACAAGUAUUAUGCCUUUCUUGUGCCAGCAAAAAUGAAGGAAAUCACAGUGUAGCCUGUCCUCUGUCUGUUUGCGUGUGCCUACAUGAGCUGGAGCACUAUUGCAUGUAAAUAAAAGCUUAUGAAGCCGA